ACAUCCAUCCUACUCAAACACCCUCGACUCAUCACCGAGAAUUAACAGCCCAAGACUCAUUUCGCAAUGGUUUCCCUUAUCACACUCGCUCUUUUCGCUUCUUCGGCCAUCGCUGGCCCUGUCGCUCGUCGCCAGGUCCCAGACCCAAUCUACCCAGACUGGACCUGGCAGGUGGAGAACUGGGAGGCUGGCUGCAGUCGCAGUGGAUGCUACUACCUGUUCAACGUCACUGUGCCGUCAGUUGAGGGCAAGAUCGCUGGUGUAAAAGCCUACUGCCAAGGAUACGAGCAGGGAUACGAAAACAGCUUCACAAAGCCUUCAACCUACACAGACUGCCGGAUUCUCGAGGGCGUCAACAACGGUGUCGCAGCCAGGCUCUCGCUAAGGGAGCAGGAUGGCAAUGGCUUUGGACCCAAGAACAUCCAAGUCAGCUUCCUAAAGGCACCUUACUAUGACAUCUCCGGCACCAACUACACCGCCUUACACGAGGCCAAGUAUAACCAGUUUGUCUCGCCGCCACUAAACUUCACUAUGGUCCCUGUGACCGCGCUCGUUGUUCCUGGAGGUGCCCCUCCCCCAGGUGGAUGGGCCAACCCCCCUCAGUAGACGUGCAUGGAGAGAGAAGAAGAGCUAUGUUUAGGAUCGAUUGUAUAUAACGAACUAGCCAAGUAAUAUAUAAUUGUAUUUACCUUUCAUGAAAAUCGCGAAAAACUCUUGAAAGUUG